UCUCUCUGUGCGGUUUGAUGAUUGUACUGCAUUGACGUAAUCGAGGUGCCGUUCGGUUCCCGUGGUCAUGCACAUUCACAACCCUGCCCGGUGCCGCUGUCGCUGCCGUGUUGUGUCGCCUUUUUCUGUUUGUGUUUCGGCCUCCGGGACGAGACCAAGUUUUUGACUUUGAUUUGACCAAGUUUUUGAUGCGUGGCCCCGUUCUCGUCCGCGUUUAGCGUCUCGCUCGUCCGCCCGGGCCGAAGCCGUCGGUCUUGAAUGCGAUCUCGUAUUUCGCACGUUUUUAUGAGCCGGAAAACGCCGCAUUUAAUCGUCCCGUGCGAUUCCUCUUCUGAGUAAGUUUGCCACUCGAACUUUUCAAAGCUUCCAACCUCUACCUCAAAAAAAAAAAAAAAAGUCUGUUGAAAACCCUCGACAGAAGAGAUUAUGUUAAACGGCUUUUAUUUAAGGAUUUAGAAAUCAAAAUCCCCUAAUGGAUUUACCUAACAAGCUGUUCAAUUAUUUAGUGGAACGGGAUCCUAACAAACGCAAAGUCAAGCCGGCCCAGGCUCUGUUCGAUUUCGAAGACCUGGGCGAAAGUUCGGACGAUAGCGAUUUUCGUAUUGAAGAUCAUUGCGAUGAAUCUGAUGAUUCCAUCGACUCAAACGCCAUCGACUCAUCCUCCGAUGAUGAAAAAAGUGAACAUUCCGACUCCUCCGAAGGCAGUGAGCUGGUCAGUGCUGUUGAAAGUGAGAAAAAAGACUUUCAUGAUGUCCUUUCCAUGUCGGAGAAUGCACAACAGUUUAAUUCUAAAACAGCACUUAAAAUCAUGAUCUGUACUGUAUGCCUUGGUGAUAAAAGUGAUGCGACAAAUGAGAUCAUCGAAUGCGACAACUGCAGUGUUACAGUGCAUGAAGGAUGUUAUGGGGUUCAGGAUAAUGAUAGUGUUUGUAGUACUGAUUCUCCUUGCCCUACAACGCCAUGGUUCUGUGAUGCUUGUAAGGCCGGUCUAGAUGACCCUGAGUGUGAGCUAUGUCCGAAUGGAGGUGGGAUAUUCAAAGAAACUGAUGUGGGUAAAUGGGUCCACUUAGUUUGUGCCCUGUAUGUGCCAGGGGUGGCAUUCGCAGAGGUCGAUAAAUUGCAGAAUGUCACUCUGUUCGAAAUGGCUUAUUCUAAAUGGGGGGCCAAACCGUGCAGUCUUUGUCCAGACCAGCGGUUCGCUAGAACAGGAGUUGUCGUCGGUUGUGAUGCUGGAAUGUGCAAAACUCACUUUCAUGUCACUUGUGGUCAGAGAGAAGGCUUGUUAGCUGAAGCCCAUUCGGAAGAAGUAGAACAAGCCGAUCCAUUUUACGCACAUUGUAAACUCCACACUGAUAAAAAUCUCUUAAGGAAAAGGAGGAGGAACUGGCUGGCAUUGCAGAUGAGGACAGAUGAGAUUAAAAAGACGAGCAAAGAGGACGAGGAGCUUCAGAGGAUAAAACGUAGGCUUAGCAAGUAUAGGACAAAAUACAUAAACUCUAGAAUUGGAAAAUUACAACCAUGGGUCCCAACUCAGAAAAUGGCAAGACUUCUCACAACAAGUGCCAGUGCUUGCAAGGCUCUCUGGAGGAAAGCGGAGCUUAGUGGAGCAGACACUGAAGGUUGGGCUUUGCGGCAGUCUCAAGUUGAUGCUUUAUCUGACGUACACAGGAGAUGGUACAUUCAACCUGCUUUCACAGUGGAGUUUAUCGGCUAUUAUCUUGACCGAAAUGUAAGAAUCCUAACAAUGCGCAAACAGUUGGCAGAAUUAUUGGAAGAGAAUGCGAAAUUGCUUGAGGAACAAUCAGUCGUCGAAGAAAAAAAAGAUAAGAUUUUAAAGGACAACACAGAUGAAAUGAACAAAAAUCAGCAGCUCAAAGAAGAACUGAAAAAGUACCACGAUCUGAUUUCUUUGUUGUGCCCCAACCACAAACCGCCUGACUUGAAUUUACUCGGAAGGCCCCUUCUACAGCCCACGCCUUUUACACAAGUCUGUUCACCCAAAAAGCCCGGGUCGUUGCCGUCUCAAGGAAUGUCUGCAAACAAUUUGACAGUUCCCUCUUUAAAUAACAGUUGCGGGCUUUGCAAUGGUAGGCAGGACCAGCAUCUGCUGGCCAAGUGCGACACAUGCUAUAAGCAUUACCACUUGGGCUGCCUCAACCCUCCCCUCAUGAGAAUGCCCAAGAAAACCAAGCUGAUGGGCUGGCAGUGUUCAGAAUGUGACAAAGAUUCAGAUAGUUCUGGACUCGAAAUCGUAGAUCCUGAAGCGCCAAGGCAGCUGAGAAAAAGUGGAAACGGCGACUCUUCUUUCUUUUCUGAUCGGGUAUAUUAUGAUGUUAAAGAAGUUUCAUCAUUUGAAGAUGUUUCAAAGGUCAUGCAGUUGUCAGAAGUAAAUGAAGGCUUCAGAAGUGGUAAGAAACGAAAGCGGGAGAAACAUCAUCGGUACUCUCCCGAACCAGGGAAUCCAAGGCCACAUAAGCACAAGCACAAACACACCAAACAGCAGGACGAACAACGACAAAGCUUGAAAAUUUGUUUCAAGUCUGUCCCACAUCCGACUGGAGGAAGUUCGUACGUUGCUACGCCCAGUAUUAAUCUAUCUCCAACAAAACCUGUCGCUGCUGUGAGUCCCACGACAGUGGUGAUCCCUGGUCAAGUUUUCCGUCAAGUGGCCAAGAAAAAAGAAGAAGAUCCAAUUAUGUGCGUCACUUGCAACAUGGUCGGCAAUGCUUCCAAUCUCGUCAGAUGUGAUGAGUGCCUCCAAGGAUUCCAUUUUGCUUGUCUCGAUCCGCCAGUAAAAAAAUCACCUAAGGUCAGGGGCUACUCCUGGCAUUGUGCAAACUGUGAUCCAACAGAAAGUGAUUAAUCAUCAUUAUGUAUUUAAAACUGGCUGCAGUGUCCAGCCGAGAAUAUUUGCGUCAUGAAGAUAAAAUAUUUUCUAACAAUCCGUAAAUAAAUUUUACUUUAUAUUAAUAUAUGAAGUGAUUAAACUUGUAAGAUAGCA